AUGACAUACCUCUACCAAAUUGACAAAAUUAACAAGUUCCCAUUGGCGUCAUACCUCGAAACGAUCACCGUCGCAAUCAAAUCAAUUACAAAAGAUGGCCGGGUGCUCCCCAGUGCUCCUAGGAGUGUGCAGGGAUUCUUCGAUCAGUUGCUAUCGGUAUCUAGGAUGAUCACGGUCACUUUCAUCAGGCAUGGGCAAAGCGAGGAUAAUGUGAAAAAUAUAUGGGCUGGGUGGAAAGAUUCGCCUUUAUCUGAACACGCCAACGCCCUAGGCCAAAGCCUCGCCUCGACGCGCAUAACCCACAUCUACGCCUCCCCGCUCCAACGCGCCUACACAACCGCGCAAUACGUCCAGCACUACCAGCGCGCGCCCAAACCCCCGCUGACAACGAACCCGCACCUGCGCGAGCAGCACUUCGGCAUCGCAGAAGGCCAUCCGUGGGUCCUGCAGCAGCCGGAAGAUGUGUCGGUGGAGGAGCUGUACGAGCAGAAGAUUUUCCCGGUGCUUUAUGGGCGCGAGGCGAAGUAUCCCGGUGCGGAGAGUCUGGAUGAGCUAGCGCAGCGGACGGAAAUUGCGAUUAGGGAGUGUGUGUUGCCGCAUUUGCAGCAGCAGCGGUCUCUACACCCGGAGGGCGCGCAGAUGUCAGUACAGGAGGAGGGAGAGUGUGGUAGCGGCGACGGCGUGCAUGUUGCGAUUGCGAGCCAUGGGCUGUGUAUUGCGGAGCUGAUAUCGGCGUUGUUGAAGCUGGACCCUCAUGCGCCGACAAUGUCGAGGUUCGGAGGACUGUCGAACACUGCGUGGACGAGGAUGAAUGUACGGAUCAGGGAAGGUCAUCAGGGACCCUUUGAUCUUUCGAAUCCACCUCCGUUGGAGGUUAUUGUAACUCAUACGAAAGAGAGAGAUCAUCUCAAAUCCGUGAACGAUAUACCUCACGUCGAGCUUGAUGCAGCCAGUGUCGAAGCUCGGGCAUUCUUUGGAGGCGAAAGCCUGAGUGUCCCACAGUCAAAGUGA